GGCGAGAGGUGUAGAUGUUUUGCAGUGAGGGAAGAGAGGCACCGACAAUCUUCUUAGCUGCUAUCAGGAUAUGUUGGAGGGUCUUCCUGCAGGACGUGGAGCAGGUGCUGUACCACAUGGUGAUGCUGCUGGUCAGGACGCCCUCCAUGGUGCCUCUGUACAAGGUGAAACUGAGAUAUUUUGCUCCUCUGAGCUGUUAGUAUCAUUCUGCGGCUCCAGCAUCGUUCUACAGUGUCACCUCGAGUCCCAGCAGGAUGCAACAGACAACACAGUGAAAUGGACUCAGCGGGGUGAUGUUGUACACAUUCGUAAAGGUGGAAAAGACGAUCCUGGAGAACAAAAGGAGAGGUUUGAAGAACGCACGUCUCUGUUCUCUGAAGGUCUCCAUAAAGGAAAUCUGUCACUCCAACUUUCCUCUUUAAAACUCUCCGACUCUGGAAGAUACAAGUGCUCCUUUCAGGUCGGCUCAGUGGAGAAGAGUUGUUACGUUAGUCUCAGUGUUGGAGAGUCUGAAGUGAUCGGCUCACCUGAGCCAGUUACAGCAGAGUCGGGUCAGGAUGUGGUUCUACCAUGCUACCUGGAUCCUCCGUUUGAUGUAACAUCUCUGACUGUGGAGUGGAGAUGGAACAAAGCUACGGUGCACAGAUAUCGAAAUCUUAAAGACAAUGAAAAUGCUCAAGACCAGAGGUUCAAAGGCAGAACUUCUCUCUUCCAUGAUGAAAUGCAUCAUGGAAACAUUUCCCUCAAACUGAGAAAUGUUUUUGAAGAAGAUGCAGGAAAUUACACCUGUUUUGUUCCCGGACUCAACUGUCAGGUGAAAAAGGGAAACAUCGCUCUGAAUGUUGAGUUAAAGGAUGAAGAUCCAAACAAGAAAGGACUCAAUAAUACAGAUUCGACUGGGACUAACACUUCGUCUGACCCACGUGAUCAGAAAGGACUUAUCAUUGGUCUUCCUGUUGCUGCUGCUUUUCUCAUUGUUCUCGUUGCUGGUUUAGUUUAUUUAAGUUCAUGUGCUGGACAAAACAGACUACAAGCUGAUCCACAGGCUGAUCCAGAACCACAUGAAGAGGUUGAGAUGUUACCACCAGAAGUUCAUGGUGCACAGGAUGGACAAGACGGGCAGCAGGACAACAACCAGGAAGAGGAGCCUUUAAAUGAGCCGAACUAAGACAACGUUGAUCUGUUACUCAGCCACUGGAAAGAAAGCUGGAUUUUAUUUCAUUAUUUGUCACUUUUCAGUGAGGAUCUGUGUUUGGAGUAAAGAAAAAAAUAUAUCAGGGCUGGAUGGCAUGGCAAAAACAUUAUCACAGUAUUAUUUUCUACAUACCAAAGUAACUUAUUUAGAAUCAAGUCUGUCAGUACUACAUGCUUACAUAUUACUACGAUAGUCUUUAUAGUCAAUCAUUUCUACAGUAGCUCAUAUUUCUCUCAUACAUUGCAUUACAUUACAGUCAUUUAGCAGAUGCUUUUCUCCAAAGCAACUUACUGUGGUUAGGUAAUAGCAUCUUAAGGAACCAACUGGAAGGUGUUAAUAUUUGCCUCCUGAAGGAUUCAAAUUCUGGUCUCUCGCAUGGGAGCCAGAAGCUCUGCCAACUGACCAAACCAGCCGCUCUACAUUUCUGCUUAGUAACCAGUUUACAGGUUUAUUACCACAAACGACAUCUACUAAAAACACUAAAAACAUCUCAUGCUUAUCAGUGAGAUCCAUGUAAAAAUAAUCUUGAUUUAAUGUUUCUAGCGUGUUAUCAGCCAGCAUGAAGAACAGUGUCCUCCAUACCAGAAGCAGCUGUAUUAGAUGGCAAGACCAAAGUCUCUGAUGUCUUUCACAUGUGAACAUACAGCAGCUUCUUCAUAAAGCAGCUCAUACAGGUCCUACAAUCAUGAGAUGUGAGUUUAAAAACACUCCAGGAUGGCUACUGGUUUCUACUGUUAUGUUUUCUAGUUUAACUUAAACUUAGACCUGAUGCUUGAUAAGGUUCAAGAUAGUAAAACCACAUGUUAAGAUUGGACAAAAAGUUUUUAUUUGGUUUGGUUUACAGUAAUUAUUCAAGUUAAUAAGAUGUAUUAGAAAAUUUGAUGGAAAUAUACUAUUUAAAGUUUAACUUCGACUGAAAACUGAGAUCAAAGCAUCAGUUUGUGAAUCCAGUGGAGAAAGACUGAGCUGUUUUUAUUAAGGGUUCUAUGAACAUGUCAGACUGUCUUUUUUUUACAUGCACAGAAAUACGUUACUGUGAAGGAAACACUGCCUUAAAAACAGCUUUUUCUUAUGAUUUUACAUUGAAAGGAUAAAAACGGCAGCUUCAUAAAACACA